GCAGGAGACUGCUCAGAGUCUCGCUCUUGGGACCGGAUUCCUCUUCAUUUUUUGUACACUUAUCUGUUAUCUCUGUUUUUUUUUUCUUUUUUUUUUUACCCCUCCUCUUUCUGCACGCGCUACCGUGACAGCAUGAUCGAGUGCGCUUAUUUGGGAUAAUUUUCCAAUUAUGGUUCGGUUCAAGUGCAGAUUUUCUCGGAGCUGCCGCUGAAGGUUUCUUUCACAGUCCGACUGGAUUUCUCGCAGCGUGAUGGAUACAAAUGAGCUCGCGGUGCUGAAACUUUUACUUGUUGGGUUUUUGGUUAAUACCCGGAUGAUGAGAGGAGUGUCAGCCACUGACAGUUUAAACAUAGAGCCCACGACCAGCUGGCAGAGAAGAAUCUGCAAUGAAUCUCGCCUCCAGUGGGAAGUGCAGGUCUGUGGAGAAGAGUUCAAACAGGACAUGGCCCACAUAGAUCCACAGUACUGGUGUAACCUUACGCACUUCAUCAGUGAGUACCACCUCUUCACCCUCUGCACAGAGACAAAGUCCCACAUCGUCAACUGCUACUGGCCCAACCCGCUGGUGGAGAGUUACAUCAUCCGCAUACACAAGCACUUUUUCUCCAAUUGCACCAUGGAGCAGGUGGAAUGGGUCGACCCACCAGAUGAGACACUCACCGUCCUCAUCCUCAUCCCAGUUUUCCUCACCUUGGCUAUGAUUGCACUUGUGGUCUGGUGCAGCAAGAGGAGUGAUCUCUUAGCUUAGGUCACAAAGAUGGAAGAGACAGACUGAAUUUAAGUGCCUGAUCUCUUCCUUUUAGGCCAGUGGUGCACAACAAAGGCGUGCAGACUGUUUCUGUUGGUCAGAUUAUCCCCUAAGUGGCACCAUAAACCACUCCGACCUCCUCUGGAAAAGACUAAAAGAAUGCUCAGCAUUUUAAAGAAGUGUUUUCUUUGUUAUUAUAAUUCUGACAUUGGCUGAAUGUCACUUAACUUGGAACCAUAUCUUUGGUAUGAAAAACACAAGUGUGAAUCUCAUGUACAAAUGUACCAUAUAAUUUUAGGGUAAUAUAAAAUAUGAUAGCUACUACUCUUACUCCUUAUGUCUAUACAGUAAAUAUAGAGUAGCAGCUAACAGCUAGCUAACUUAGCUUAGCAGGACUAGGAGUUGGAGGUGUUAUCCAAAGAUAAAAAAAUUAAUUAAAGCAAAACUGUAUAAUAAGAAUUGAUAAUAAUAAUCUACCAAAUAAUCUAAAGUUCAUAAUUAACAAACAUAAUUUGUGUUUGGAGGCCGUAGUAGGGUACUGAUGCUCCCAAAAGUCACAAUGAACCAGAAAAAUGACUAAAUCCCAUGUUUAUGUGGAUUUAAAAAUGUAAAUGAAAUGUGUUGGAUUAGUGAGUUUUGAUGGGCUUCAUACAGCCAGUUGAGCUGGUUACCUCUUGGCGGAGCAAUACUAGCUGUUUCUCUGCUAAGCUAAGCAGCUAUAGCUUUUUCACAGGGACUCUUAACUCUGGAUAAGAAGCUCAAUUUGAUUUCCCAAAAUGUUGAGCUAUUCCUUCGAGGUACAGGGGAUGCCAGUUGUUUGAAAUGCCAUCACUUAACUGGGGUAAUGUGACCUGUGGGACACAUUCCUAAAGCUCUUGGAUCCAGACUUUUGACCUUGGAGAUUCUUGUCGUAGCUCUGAAUCACUGCUGAAGGCCAAAGUACCAUUAGUCAGUGACUGACCUCUAAACUGGUGGGAAAUAAAACUCACUGAGGAAGAUGUUGUUAAAUAUUCUAUCAUCACACUGUAUGAUUGCCUAAAAGGAAGCCAAAUCUGGACUUUGUACUGUUUCAAGGAAUAUGAAGUUGGUUCUUACUGGGUAACUGAAUGGAAGGACAUACUGCCCAAAGACAAACACGGUGAAUUAUCUGUUAAAUAUAUGGGACUUGAAUUUUAUUUGUGACUACCUGAGCCCCAAAGGACUGUUUUAUAUGAGUGUAACUUAUCAGAUAUUGUUGUUGAAAUACUGUAAUACUUACAAGGAAGGGUUUUCCUCAGAGGCAACAAUGAACUGACACGAAGACCUCAUACUGUACAGUGAUGCUCCCUGUCUGUGCUGUCUACUGUAUCUGUGUUGCCUUUCACACCAGUAAGAAAUACACACUGAUGCUUUGAAAUGUAUUCCUCAAAAAAGAGGUUUGAUUAAUGUUUGCGCUUCAUUCCCAGCCAGCUAUAAAUCAAACUAGACCAAGCUCUGCUUUUUAGUCAACAUCAAAGGAUCAUCCCUGACAUCGCUCACCCACACAGUGUCUGAGUCCACAUGUACAAUGGUAUUUAAAAAAAGGUUUAACACUAAAACUCCAUCUGCACUAGCUAACCAUGUGACUAUUCGCAUUCGCAAGACAUGCACGUCAUGUAACGUAAUGUGUCGUUGCUCAAUUAUUAAACCAAAUUGAAAAAACAAACAUCCAUUUAAUGAAAAAUUGCAUUAAUAAACUAAAAUAGAAAUUAAUUUAUUCAAAUUUC